AGGUCAGUGCGACGCACCAAAACUCAUGUUACUGCUGCAUUUGGCCGGGAGAGUGGUAUGAGAAGGGGCAAACCUACUGAAAGAAAGCUGCUCGAACAUGCCGGUUUCCGAUCCGAGUCAUAACCGGUGUGUCAUUAAACCGGAUAACGUGUACAGGUCUGCCGAAACUCUCAAAAGAAGUGGGUCGCGCAGGUUCGUUCACAUUGAUCUUCAAAGCGAUCUGACCGUCCAUAUUGAAGGGACUACGUUUCAUUUGCAUACGCUCCCUAUGGUCUCAAGAAGCCUUUAUCUCAAUAGAUUGGUCUUCCAAACUUCAACUAGGGCAGACAAAGAUCUGGGCCUCAACAUCCACAUCGACCAUCUUCCCGGUGGGGCCCACACCUUCGAAUUGGUAGUGAAGUUUUGCUACGGACUCGCCGUCCAUCUGACGGUCCACAACAUCGUAUCAUUGUAUUGUGCCUCACAUUUCCUGGAAAUGACUGAGGAGGCUGACGAGGGGAAUCUGAUUUCCAAGACAGAAGCCUUUCUAAGCUUUGUGAUAUUCUCAUCUUGGUGGGACACUAUCAUCAUCUUGAAGAGCUGCGAGGCCGUUGUUUUGUGGGCCAAUGAUCUACAAAUCAUAAAGAGAUGCUGUGAAUCCAUAUCAUGGAAGGCUUGCAUUGAUCCUCAGCUAAUCAACAGUGAUCUCGAUCAUGACAAUGGCUGUGAUCAGUCACACUCAAAAAUGAACGAAUGUUGGUGGAUUGAAGAUGUGUCCCACCUCACCAUCGAUCACUUUGUUAAGGUAAUGUGUGCAAUCAAGGCGAGGGGAAUGCGACCGGAGUUAGUGGGCCAGUGCAUUAUGUGCUGGGCCACCAAACACUUCUUGGCAAUUGAAAUUAAAAUCUACGGUCGCAACAAUGACGAUGACAAUGAUCAUGUGAGAUUGGCGAUCGAAGGCUUGAUCAGGGAACUUCCAACGGUUGAAAUUUCUUUAAAUUUCUUACUGAGGCUACUCAGGGCGGGGUGUAUACUGAACGUCGAUCGCGAACUAGUGAUCGAGUUGGAUAAAAGAACGGCGGCGAUGCUCGAGAGUUGUAAUGUGAGAGAUCUCAUGGUUAGGAGUUUGGGGGAUGAGAAGGCCAGUAGUUAUGAUGUAGGCUUAGUGAGAAGGGUGGUGCAAGCUUAUGUUGAUUCUGGGCCGUGCGAUCAACGGCCGAGAGAAAUGGCCAUCGUGGCUAGGAUUGUGGAUAGGUAUCUGACCAUGGUUGGCAAGGAUGAUAAUCUGUCCGUUGAGAGUUUUCAGAUGGUCGCAGAAGUGUUGCCGGAAAACGCCAGGAAUUGCCAUGAUAGCCUCUACAUGGCCAUAGAUAUGUACCUCAAGUCACACCCUAAUUUGUCAGAGGACGAUCGAAAGAGAGUAUGCGGUGCAAUGGACUACCAUAAGCUGUCGGUGGAAGCGCGCAUGCAUGCGUUGCGGAAUGAGCGGUUGCCCUUGAGGGUUACGAUUCGAUAUCUACUCUUCGAACAGGUAGAUAUGGCGAGGUUGAUGCUGUCUAAAGGAUAUGGUUAUGACGAGUUUCUAAGGCCUGAAAUUUGUGAGGAGCUGCAUCUUGCACGUGCUGAGGUCGAGAAGACGAAGGUGCGACUCAGUGAUUUGAAACUGAGUCAUGCUGUGUUGAGUCAAGGAAUAAGGCUGAGAAGUAACCAUUGUUGGACUUUAGGAAGGAAGAAUGCUUUCAAAGACCAAAAGAGUUUUUUAACACCAGAUUGAGGUCAUUCAAGCAAGGAGAGAUUGAAGAGGCAGUUGCCAGCUUAUGUGACAACAUCGUAUACUGUAUAUAAUAUGUUCAGUAGGUGGGGCGCAUUGCAAACAUGUUUCAUACGUUGGGCUUGUCCUGGUUUAAAUUGUCUAGGUCAUGUUAUCUUGUUUGAUUUGUAAACUAGGUGAGUCAACCUGGGGCUCAGCCGGGUCAACCCAGUUUGGUCUCUUACUAGGCUGGGAGAACCAGGAUGCACAGGACUUGGGCUUGGUUUCCCUAGUCAAAGCGUGACUGGGUCAACUCAGCUGUGUCAGGCCAGUCUUGAGGAGAUUUUUAAUUUUUGAGAGAUAUUAAUUAAUUAAUUUGAAAUAAAAAUAAAUAAUUUUUUUUUGACCCACUUUGGAAUAAAAAAAUACUAGCACAUGUGAAUAUAGAAAACUUAGCAUAUAUGGUACAUGUACCAUGUUUUUUAAGAAUGUGAUCAACACAUGCGGCACAUUUGAAGCUAUAUAUUAUGAAUAUAUAGUGGCACACAAAGCAUAUAUAUCAUAUAUAAGAGUUAGCUCAUCUCUUAUUAGUUAGUAGAAAUGUGCCAAGUUUUCUACAGCAUGGUUUCUCAAACCAUAUCCCUCACAACCAUUUUUUUCAAGUGGGUGAUUCGUUGUAUUAAUAUGCAAAACAAGGUGGAAGUAUAUAUCUAAACCUACACUGCCAUUUCUUGUUAAUGGUCUUGUAUGAACCUUAUCUUAGUUAAGAGCACAAAAUUCCAAGUAUGCGUGACUCUAUUUGUUCAGACUCCUAUAACACAGAGGGAUUGUUGACUCGUUCAAGUCUGAGACUUGUCUGAGCAUGAUUAGGAAACACUCGACCUAAAAUUCAUUUGGGUCAACUCGACUUGGCGAGGUUUUGAGUGAGCUACUGGGAAACAGUAGUCGGCAUGAUUUAUAUUGAGACUCAGAGAGACUCGUCGAGUUGACUCAAUGGCUCAGUUGGGUCAGUAGCUUUAAAAAAGGUAAGCAAUGCGCACCCUUAGCUAGUGAGGCAUGCAUGUUGUUGUUGUUGUUGUUUUUAGUUAUAUUUUAUAUUACUUAUAUUAAAUUAACUAUAUUAAAUAUCUAUUAACAUUUCUAAUAGUUUCAACUUACAAUAAUUAAAUAUCAAGUUCAGCUGGGUUAAGUCUUCGGGUCAAAUUGACCUGGUCGAACAUAAGCCGAGCCGAGUUUUUUGGUUUUUGAACUAUAUUUCCGAGUUGACUCAUUCUCAGUCGAGUCUAAUCCGGCUCAAAUCCCUGGUAUCCUCGAGUCAACUCUUUAAUUACCCAGUCUCAACCCAACUAAGGAAAAGUCACUAUGAGCAGUGGAGUAAAAAAAAAAAACCCAUGGUUGCCACCACAUGUGCCACAUGGCACAUAAAUAUGAAAUAUAUAAUCCAUGCAUCAUGGUCUGCCUCCUAUUUAGAUGCCCUCCAGCCCUUAAUAAUCUACGUUGUGGUAAUCAGGUAGGCUAGGUGUAUGAAACGAAUGUAUGGAUAAAGAACACCCAAGUUUUUAAAGCUGGGUCCAUCUAAUUCUAAUGUCAUGGCCUACCUGAUGUGUGGACCAGUUGUAAGACUUGUAUUAAGUGUUUCUCAUGUGAUUAAUGAUUUGGAUGA